UACACCGAGUCGCCUGGCUUGGGCCUAAUCGGUUUCAUAGAGUUAUGAAAUCAACAACAUAUCACAAUGGCAAAUCUAUCCGUGAUAAACCAGACACACUACGAUUGUAUAGUGAUAGGAGCAGGUAUUGAAGGUUCAGCAACUUGCUACCAGCUGACGAAGAAGGGCGUCAAAACACUGCUAAUCGAACAGUUCAAGUUAGGACACGACCGAGGCAGUUCCCAUGGUCAGUCUCGUAUCACUCGCCAUGCUUACCUCCAGAAGCAUUACGCCAUGAUGAUGCCGGAAUGCUUCGAGACGUGGGCACGACUCGAACAAGAAGUAGGCACCAAACUCUACAGAAAUGUGGGUCUUUUGUCUGUAAAUGGACCUCCUUACAAGGAUUACAACCACCGCGGAGGUAACUUACAAGACAUGAACAAACCCAUUGAGCUGCUUACAGCUCGGCAGGUCUGCCAACGCUGGCCUGGCUUCUCAUUCCAGCCUGAAAUGAAGGCAUUCGUGGACCCGUCAGGUGGGGUGCUGUAUGCUGACCGGUGUCUCAAAGCUCUACAGACCAUGGUCGUGAAACAAGGAGCUAUCAUUCGAGAAGAAGAAAAAGUGUUGCAAAUAAUCCCCGGAAAACAUGUGACCAUCAUAACAGACAGAGGGCGGUAUACGGCUAAGAGCGUUGUUCUCACCCCGGGCUCAUGGGCAUCUCAGUUGCUGAGACCAUUGGGACUUUACCCUCCCCUGAAGCUAACGAGGAUUAAAGUUUGUUACUGGUCGGAAAAGCAGCCAGGAAUGUUGUCCAACUACCCAUGUUUCUAUUUCUUGUCUGGGAAGUUCGAGAUUUAUGGACUUCCUACGAGUGCUGAAUAUCCAGGCCUUUUCAAGGUGUGUAACCAUAGGGGACAAGAUUUUACUGAUCCAGAAGAGACGCGCACCGAUUACACUGAAGAUAUCGACCAGUUGAAGGAGUUCAUUAAAACGCAUGUACCUGGUCUGGUACCGGAACCGGCUAUCAUUGAAAACUGCAUUUACACUAGCACACCGAAUGAAGAGAUAAUUCUUGACAGACACCCUGACCAUCCAAACAUCAUCGUUGGCUGUGGAUUCUCAGGUCACGGCUUCAAGUUGGCGCCUGUCGUCGGCAAGAUCCUGAGUGAAUUAGCGACUGGAGAAAAGCCUAGCUACGCUCAACUACCGUUGCGUUUACAAAUCUUCCAGAAACCUGGUGCCACUGCUAAGUUAUAGCCUAGUGUUUUUAACUGUAUAUUUCCUAUAGAACACGUUAUGCCUUUAGAUUUUUGUUCUCAGUGUUAGCCUGUAAUUAUAGGCUACGCAUGGCGCAUGAUUAAUGAGGUAUUAUCAUUUUAGCAAUGAGACUAUACCAAAAUACAUUCUUUUUAAUAUUCUUGAUCAGUAUGUACAUGUAGGCGACGCGACUAUAGGUGCAGUACAUAUACAUAACUCUAUGGUGCAGUAUAGUACUAGUAGUAUUGAAGUAUGUGCUAGAUGGUAGUCUUGGUUCCAAGACCAUAAUUAUCCGGAAACAAAAUUACAAAGCGCCCUCUACGUUUAUUCGUUACAAGCCGUGUACGUAGACUAGAUCUGAACGUUGGUGUGCGCGCGCAAACACUAUGGUCUUGGAACCAAGACUAGCUAGAUGGUAGUAGGCGAUGGUUCGACAGAAAUGAAGAAUACCAGCCUUCAUCAAGAAGUUAAAAACAGAAACAGAAUUAUGCAUCCAAAAACGUAUCAGUUCACUGUAAAUCGCUUUCUCUCACAAGAAACUAAUGUAAACUGAAAAAAUACUGCAUCAAUAAACACUAUGCAUUGUAUGCUACUUGGCCGGGCCUCGUGUAUUUUUCACUCUGCGACAAAAAAAAACGACUCGGAGUAGGCCUAUAGAUAGAUAGACGAAAAAUAUUCAGGCGGCAAAUACUAUUUAUAGGCCCACCUAGCAACAAACACGUAAUUUCUGUCAUCAUUUUGUUUGCUUUGGAGUUUGGUACUGGUCUUGCCACACCGGCCCCUGAGUGUAUUUCGUUCAACUCGGGAAUUCUUCAGAGGAUUUUAUUAAUUUUGGGGGGUUGAACAAAGAAAAAUUAACUGGAGUGGGAUUCGAACCAA